AAACUUCCGCUUGAGAGCCGUUAAAUUCAAAGAAGUUUGAUCUUUGAAGCCUUGUCUCUGCCUUCUGUGUUACAAAAACGUCAAACAUUAUAUUCAAUAAAAUCAGUUAGAGGUAAUUUUUACAUUUUUUUUGCCGGUAAACACUGAGGAAGGACGUCACCAGGAGCGGUCAGACCGCGUUGACCGGGGGAAUGUUAAAGCCGUAACACCACAGCUGCUUGCAUCUUUUUCAUUAUUUUCUUACAUCUCUGAUAAGCUGUUUUUAGUUUUUAUCAAACGUAAAUGAGUUGCAGAAGAGACAGUGAAGAUGACAGCUGCAGCAAACGGAGGGUGGCGUAUAUUUUCAGUCCAGAAUACAUUGAGACCUGCGAUACUUUAUCUAAAGUACCAAACCGGGCGAGUAUGGUACAUUCACUGAUAGAAGCUUAUGGACUACUUCAACAUAUGAGAAUCGUGAAACCUACUGUGGCCAGAAUAGAGGAAAUGGCAAUGUUUCACACAGACUCCUAUCUGGAGCAUCUCCACAGGAUCAGCCAGGAUGGAGACAAUGACGACCCCCAGUCAGGGGAGUAUGGGCUUGGUUAUGACUGUCCUAUAGUGGAAGGGAUAUUUGACUAUGCAGCAGCAGUGGGGGGCGCUACACUGACAGCAGCCCAGUCCCUCCUGGACCAAAACUGUGAAGUGGCCAUCAACUGGGCUGGAGGAUGGCACCACGCAAAGAAGGAUGAGGCGUCAGGUUUCUGUUAUGUGAAUGAUGCUGUGUUAGGAAUCCUCAAACUGAGAGAGAAAUACGAGAGAGUCCUUUACGUGGACGUUGACCUGCAUCACGGAGACGGUGUGGAGGACGCCUUCAGCUUCACCUCCAAAGUCAUGACAGUCUCUCUGCACAAGUUCUCCCCUGGAUUCUUCCCAGGUACAGGUGAUCUGCGUGAUACAGGGCUUGGCAAGGGUCGCUGGUAUGCUGUCAACGUCCCACUAGAGGAUGGCAUCAAGGAUGACAGAUACUACCAGCUUUUUACCAGUGUGAUGCAGGAAGUGCGGGCGCAGUUCAACCCGGAGGCGGUGGUGAUGCAGCUGGGUGCUGACACGAUGGCGGGCGACCCCAUGUGCUCCUUUAACAUGACCCCAGUGGGGGUGGGCAAGUGUCUGCACUAUGUCCUGCAAUGGCAGCUACCUACACUGCUGCUGGGCGGAGGAGGUUACAAUCUGGCCAACACAGCUCGCUGUUGGACCUACCUGACGGCGACGGUGCUGGGAAAGACUCUUUCCUCUGAGAUACCAGACCACAAGUUUUUUACAGAGUAUGGACCUGACUAUUCGCUGGAAAUCAGCCCAAGCUGUCGACCAGACCGCAAUGAUACCAAACACCUGGACCAGGUCAUCAGCACCAUCAAAGGGAAUUUAAGGAAUGUGGUUUAGGAGUCACCAGCCUCAGCCUCCUCCACGCACACACAUACACACACACAUACACACACACACACACACAUACAAAACCCACUCAUACACACAUACACCAUGUCUCCAAACCAGGUCGACACUCUGCAACUCUAAUGAAGACAAUAUGGAGUGGACCCCUUCGGCCCCGAGGCACAGAGCGAGCAAAGGCAGGAAAAAGAGCGAGAGAAGUUUUUGGAAAACAUUUCAGUAUUUCCAGGGGAAAACAGUUUAAUAAGGGGAGGGGGUGAUGCGGGUUCUGUACUAUGUUCAAUCUUUUUAAUCCUUUGUUUCUUUGAGACAAUGUGUGUGUGUGUGUGUGUGUGUGUGUGUGUGUGUGUGUGUGUGUGUGUGUGUGUGUGUGAAUGAGUUUAUGGUGUGUUCAGAGUGAGUAUGUAAAACUGAAUCACAGCUGGUUUAAGCAGGCAGUACACAACAAGUCUCCAGUAUCUAUCUGGGGAUUUGUUUGUGUUCGUCCUAUCAGUUGGACUUCAUGCAACUUCAAACUAAAUGGAAAAACAGAUCUUUCAGGGGUAGAGUUUCAGGUUCACUUCAGUGCUGCUACAAUUUUUAGUCUCCUAAGGAAAGAUAAGCACUAAAACAGACAAAAAAACAAUCGGUUAUGUCCCCCCAAAUGCCUCUUGAUGCUUGUAAAAAAGCCCUGGGUUCCCGAACAGGUCUAGAAAGCCCUGAAAAUUAGAUGGAAUUUCAGAAAGUUUAACUCCUGGAUGAAUCUGGAAAACUUUUACAAAUGUCUGGUUACACAUUUUUGCAGGCUGAUUUUCUCAGCUGUGUUGUUUUGUUGUCACCCCUGGGCAAAAUCUGCAAAUUAAACAUCUGGAGAGGGUUUGGAAUUUUAAGUGGAAAAUAUGCAGAGAAAGGACCACCCCCCCCACAUGAACAUGAUCAAAUUAGUGUUUAGAAGGUUUAAGAUAGAAACAGCGGCCCAAUAAGUCUGUAAAAUAGCGUAAAAAUUCAUUUUAGGGUUAUAAACAAAUAAGGCAGCUGUUGAGGACUCAUUCUCACGAUGUUUCUUAAACCAAUGAACUGCAAAUUAAUGGUUUUGUCAUUUUAUUCACUAACUGGGAAUUUGCAGGAAAAGUGAAACUCUUAGAUAAUUGGCAGAACCUAGUUUACAGUCGAGUAAUUUUCUAUAAAUAAAACUCCUGCCUUUAAAGCAGUCCCAGUGUUGCCUGACAUUCUGCAAAGUCUGUAAAUGAAUGGAAAGACAAAAAAAGCAAAGCUAUAACAGAGUUACUAAGUAAUUACUGCAUUUGUAUUUUUUUUCACCAGCUGGUAAGAUUCCUAAAACUUUUCUAAAAUUAGAUGUGAAGUGCAGCUGAUUAUUUCCACGUCUGGAGAAGUUUGGAAAACAGAGAAAUUGGGUUUAAACCCCAGCUGUCGUGUUUGUGAUGUGGUGUCACUCAGCUUAAACCACUGCACAUCAAACUGAGCAGUGACCAAAACAUAAUGGAGAUGAGAUACAUAUGAGAGCCCAACGAUGAGAAAACUCAAGAAACCAGUUUCAGUAGUGUCCAGUGGUAUUAAAGGUAGAUUUUAGCAGGGUUAUGUUUGUGGUAAUUGAAAUUAAACAUUCACAACACAGUCAAUAUGAAAUGAAAGAAAAUUGUACCAUCUUUACCAACAGCAGCCUUAAAGAAGUGCACAUUUUAAGGUGCGUACUCUUAUUAUUUCACCAAAAUUCUUCAAAUUGUUUAAUGAAGCUGGAAAAAUCAGUUUUAGCAUUGUUAAAUUGUAUUUAAAAAAACAAAGAUUCACAGAAAAUUUGUAAAAUUAUCUUGGUGACUGUAGUAAAAGAUUCAGAACAUUGUGUGAAGAAAUGAAAAAAAAAAAAGUACUGCCUGGAAUCAGCAGCUGUAUGAAAAAGUCCAUAACUUCUUAGCAUUUCUCUUCUGCAGUAGCUGAAGUUUGAGGAUUUUAGUUUAUCUUAGAGAUUGUUGCAGAAGGGAAAGAAAGUUGUGUUAAUUGUUUGUUUGUUUUUUCUUUAUAUGUUAUGCAGUUGUUUUCACAUGACAGACUUUUUAACUGUUGACGUGUUUUGAUGUAUGUACAUGCCACGGGCAUCAGUGGAAAUAAAAGACAAGGAGACCA